GAUUGAAGACGUGAUAGAAGAUGGACGACUACUGCUAUGCUAAGAUGGCGACGUCCGCUAAAAGAGAAGAUGAAAGAGAAUCAGCGCCACCAACGGAGAACAAUCUGAAAAGCGAAGAUGAAGAUGUCCAGCAGCUGAUCGGUAAUCCAGAAGAAGUUUCCCCUCAGUUAGGGGGGAGCUCCACUUUGAAGCAGGAGACUCCACAACCACCCUGCAUUAAAAAGGAAGAGGAGGAACUCUGCAUCACUCAGGAGGGAGAGUGUCUUCUAGGACGAGAGGAAGCUGAUUACACCAAGUUUCCACUGAGUAUUCUCUCUGUGAAGACUGAAGAUGAUGAAGAGAAACCACAAGUAAACAACCUCUUAGCUCCACUAUCAGAUAGUGAGGCUGAAAACGAGGUUGAAGUAACUUUGAGCAGGGAUAAAGACUGUGAAGGUGAUAUGAGGACUCACACUGACAACAAACACUCUGAAUGCUCUACAAAGAAGAGAGGUAAAACAUGUUUGAGCUGCUCAGUUUGUGCUGAAAGUUUUACGAAAAAGAGCAGUUUGACUCGACACAUGAGAACACACACAGGUGAAAAACCAUUUAAUUGUUCAGUUUGUAGCAAAAGUUUUUCUGUUAAGUGCUAUUUGACUCAACACAUGAGAACACACACAGGUGAAAAACCAUUUAAUUGUUCAGUUUGUGACAAAAGUUUUUCUCGUAGUAGCCAUUUGACUCAACACAUGAGAACACACACAGGUGAAAAAACAUUUAGUUGUUCAGUUUGUGGUGUAAGCUUUUCUCGAAAUAGCCAUUUGACUCGACACAUGAGAACACACACAGGUGAAAAACCAUUUAAUUGUUCAGUUUGUGGCAAAAGCUUUUCUGCUAAGAAUAAUUUGACUCAACACAUGAGAACACACAUAGGUGAAAAAACAUUUAAUUGUUCAGUUUGUGGCAACAGUUUUUUUGGUAAGUGCAAUUUGACUAAACACAUGAGAACACACACAGGUGAAAAACCAUUUAGUUGUUCAGUUUGUGGCAAAAGCUUUUGUUAUAACAGCUCUUUGUGUGAACACAUGAGAACACACACAGGUAAAAAACCAUUUAGUUGUUCAGUGUGCUGUAGAAGGUUCCCACAUAAAGCAGACGCAGUAAAGCACACAAGAACACACAAGGGAAAAUAACCUAUUAGCUGUUUAGUUUGUGGUAUGUUGCUCAUUAGUUUGUGGUAUGUUGCUCAUAUGUGGCGACAUCCACCCUACCCAGGACCUCCUCACUGCUUCUUUCACAAAUAUCUGAGGUAUUCAUACAAACUUGGAUUAUUUGGAGCAUAAUCUUAUCAACUCAUGACCCCAUGUCUUCUCUGUAUCUGAAACCUUCCUGAACAGUAAGAUAGAUGAUGCUUCAAGUGCUUGGUUACUCCUUCUUCAGUCCAGGGACCUGGGGCCUCAUGUGUCAGGUUUGUACACGCUCAAAAACCUGCACUACACCCUUUUUCACUGCAAAGUUGACAUGUAUCAAAACUGGCGUUGGGAUGCUGGGUAACUGUUCGCAUAACAAACUGCCAACUUUUACUCCUCAGACUGAUGGAUGUGCAAAUCAGAGACAUAUGAACAAUUAACCCCCAACACCCACAACCCAACCCCCACCUCCCUCGACAUUCGGGCAUAACAGGUUCAAUCCGGCCCGUGAGAUGAGUUUGCGAAGUGUAAAAUCCGGCUGUAUUUUUAAUGAAAGAAACUGCUUUUCUAAUUGUGUCCACUGGAUGUCGCAAUAGCAAUUCUGUUGUGCAAGCAAAUAGUUUAUACCGGGGCGAGCAAGUAUACCAAGCAAGAGGUACACGGUAAAGCGGGGCUGUGACUCCUCCCCCUCCACCCAACAUAAAACAGGAGUAAAAUAAGCAAUCAGUAACCCCACUUAAAAUGCAGCAUGAGACACUGAUAUAGUUCUGUGGAAAUGAUUGUCUUCUGUGCAAAUGUAAAGAAAGUGAACAGUGUGUGAUUUACUGCAAUACUGUCAGUCUUUGAACUUUUUAUUUGUGCUUUGUUGAAAUUGUUCACACAUUGCACAGCUUUUAUUUUUCUAUCAAUACACAUUAUGUCUAGAAGACAGGAAGUAACUCAACACUCUUGAAUAGUUUCUACCUCAGUUUGUAUGGUUUGUUGAGUUAGCACAGGAUUAAUAUGUGGAAAUGACAAAUGAGGUAGUUGAUACAUAGAAUAGAUUUUAUUCAUGCUUUAUUUAGUUUUUUGUUCAAUCCUAGAUGGGUUGUGACUUAAAGUUUAAUAGAAACACUGAGAUUAAGUCUAUGUUAAUUUUGUUCCCCCCUCUAAAUGUUUAACUAACUGGAAAUGUUUUGUCAAGAGGAUUAUUUGUGAUAUGUACAUUUUCAGAAUGUGCUGGUUCUAUU